GUUCGUUUUGUGGAGAGCAUAAUUAUCUAGUGAAACAAAAAAACGUCCAAAAUGAGUAAAAAGGGAAACGCACUAAAAGACCUUUUGGCAGGAGGUUUUGGUGGAAUAUGUUGUGUUGCAGCUGGUUACCCGUUGGAUACAAUCAAGGUCCUGUUACAGACCAUGCCGAAGCCUCUGCCGGGCCAAGCUACACUGUACAAGGGAACACUUGACUGUGCAAUGAUCACCAUUAGGAAAGAGGGAUUUUUUGGCCUAUACAAAGGUAUGGGAGCCCCAAUCAUUGGAGUUGCCCCAAUGUUUGCUAUUUGCUUCUUUGGCUUUGGUGUUGGGAAAAGAUUGCAACAGAAAGAAGGCAAGGAAUUGACGUAAGAUAAAAUUUACAAUUUUAAUAUGCUGGUAUGCUUUGCUGGGUAUUUUGGUGGUGUUACUACCGUUAUCAUGGCACCAGGUGAAAGAAUCAAGUGUCUCUUGCAGAUUCAAGCUGCGUCUGGUGAGAAGAAAUACAACGGCCCCAUUGACUGUGCAAAGCAGCUAUACAAAGAGGCAGGCAUCCGUGGAGUGUACCGAGGCACGGUCGCCACUCUGCUGAGGGACCUCCCUGCCACUGGGAUGUACUUUAUGACAUAUGAAUGGUUUCAGCAGAAAUUAACACCGGAGGGUCAAAGUCGUGAAAAACUGAGUGUUGGCCGGACGCUGGUUGCAGGUGGUUUUGCUGGAAUAUUUAACUGGCUUGUUUGCAUGCCCCAGGAUGUUUUGAAAUCUUACUUUCAAACAGCACCUCAUGGUAAAUACAGUGGUAUUCGAGAUGUAUUUACACAUUUAAUGAAAGAGGAAGGUCCAUUGGCAUUAUACAAAGGAAUCACUCCAGUAAUGAUUCGAGCAUUUCCUGCCAAUGCAGCAUGCUUCCUUGGUUUUGAAGUUGCUAUGACAGCGAUGAACUGGAUAUCACCUUAGAAGUGACUAGAAAUUUAGACUAGAGUUUACUCAACAACUUCGUAUUUGUACUUAGCUAUUUAUCUUCAAUGGUCUUCAUAUUUUCAACUUUGGCUUGGCAAAUGUUUAGUCUUUAGAUUUUACCACAGAAAAUAAUUUGAUGUCAGAUUUAUGUUUAGAUAAUGAUAUGUCUUCAAUUAUACAUUGAUGUGGGGGGUUUUCAUUUGUUAUCCUGUAAAUAUUUCUUAAUGAUCUAAUAUGCCUAUUUCUAAAUCUAUGACUGACUGUCUGCCUCUCUCUUUCUCCCUCUCUUUCUGUGUGUGUCUGUCGCUCUUUCUUUCUUUCAUGUAAAUAACAACCAAAAUCAGAUGAUGAAUGACGUGAAGUGGGUGCAAGUAAGAUAAAAUGGAUAAUUCUAAAAAUAAAACAGAUAACUGAUUGUGCCUUGCUGAUACAUUUGUUGUCUUGCAAGACAGUCUAUUAACCAAGGGGAAAAAAUCUCGACUGGUGUUUUUGUGCGUAUGCAUGCAUUUUCUGUAAAAGAAUGUGCACCGAUGAUUUUCAUAUACAUAUAUUAUGUAUUUAUACUUCUAUAAUGCUAACCUUAUUCAAACCUUUCAGUAAGUGUGUAAAUUUUAAAAUGUUGAAAUCCAGAUUGAUGCCCAAACAUUUUCACAUAAUAUUAUAUGUAUUACAUAAUAUAUGUAUAUAUGACAGUUACAAAGUCAUUUUCACAGUCUGCAUUUUUUUUACAGUAUGUCUUUUGACUUACUUUACAAAUGUAUGUUUUUCUGGUGUAUGUAAAAGUCAUGUCUUUGAUGGUUUGUACAUGUACUACAUAUAACACAUUGUCAAGUAUUAAUUAUCUAUAAUAUAAGAUGCUAAGCCUUUUUUAACAGUUUUCAAUUGGUCAAUUUGCUUCUUCUCUUUUGAUUUGUACUGCCGACUUCUUCUUUGCACUUACCAGAUGCCAUAUUUCACAAGGAUAAUUUUGUUCUCAAGUCCAGUUUGACAUCAAGCUAAAUACUGUGUACAAAGAUGAAUUCCAUAAAAGAACCCAGAAGCAGUGUUUCGACAAAUAUUUAACAAAGUCACUAUAGCCCAACAGAAGCUUUGGCUAGUGCCUAUAUAUUAUGGUAAUACAGUUGAUAUUUCCACUAGCCCCGACAAAAAUUCACUAGCCGGGACCGAGGUUUAGUGGAUUUGUCAAACCCUUCCAGAAGUGGCUAAGAACAUGGAAGCCAUGUAAACACCCCCGGCUAAUGAGGGGUGCAUGGCUAUCUGCACACAAUCAGGGAUCGAAUUGUAAUAUUUGGUAGGCAUGGAAAGUGUUGCUUUCGGUUUAAUAACAGAAAUUAGGGAACCAAGGUAAGUUGGAGAGGCACCAAGGCUAUUUACUUAAUAGCUAUAUUUCUGUCACAUUUUCUCGGACAAAAAUUAUUUCACUCUGGUGCCUUGGGUUCUAACCUAUGCAAUUUGUUGGAUACAUAUACCUUUGAUCAUGGCAAUGUCAAUUUUACUAUUUCUUACUGAUACAAUAUAGAAUGUAUGGGAACGGUAGUGGCAAACCAGGUAGAUCAGGUCAGGUCAGGUCAAGUCAGGUCAUAGGGUUUUACGUGCACAUUCAGAGCAAGCUAUUGUAGCGCAUGCCUGUCGUGGGCGCAUAUGCUGGCUGCUCCGUCCAGGACAGGAAAAGGGUUGGGCUGGGUGGGAGAGGAGACCGCCUGAAAUGGCAGGUGCAAGGGAGCACCAGAAGCCCGACCAGUGUCUGUAGCAGGUGGGGGUAGUUUUGGUGCUAUGGAAUUUUGAAUGUCCCGUAAGAUUAACUAAAAAGAAAGGUUGUGCGGUUUCUAUUAAGAAAAUAUGGUGCAUUUUUUAACGGUUCACCUGAAUAUAAAGGAGGAAAUAUAAACCAGGUAGGUUACCACAGCAUUUUUAUUGCCAUUGAUAAUGUCCGAUUUUCAGAGCACAACCACAGCAUUUGCCAUUGUUGCUGUGAUAAAAUUUGAACCCUAGGGGUUAUAUUUUUGGGGGGAAAGCCCAGUGUACGGCAGUCCUAUCCCAUUUAAACUUCCCCGUGCUUAGUUUGGGCUACUUCUAAUAUCUGUAUUAUACAGUAUUAUGGCUAAAAAGUCUUUUGCAAAGUCUUGUUGAAAGAGACAUUAUUAUGACUCAUUAAGGAAAGGAAAAAGAUUUGAGCAACCACGUACACUUAGGCACAUUGUUGAAUAAUUAAUUUAAUUGGUGCUGAUAGGAGAGAUAAUUUAUUGUAGUGGUGAUACUGCAACAGAAAAAACCAGCAGACUAGAAUGCAUCUGUAAAGGCUUGAUUCCACUUAACCAUUUCACACUGCAUGAAAUGCAUCGGUUUCCAGCACAGUACAGUGUCAAAUGCUUCAAAUGCGAAAAGAGCAUAUCUGUGUGUUUCAUAUGGUGGUGUUGUGUGUGCCGUAUUGACUCGUGGUGUUCCUGUUCACCCAAUAGAUGCAUCCUGUGUCCAGUAUCAAUGGCUUCUUUUAUUAGCCUUAAGUUUGCAUCUCUCAGUAUACAUGUACAUGUGUAUGUAUAAAGCUAAAAUAUCUUUAAAAUUAUUCUCAAACUUCACCAUUUUUGCUUAAAGGGCACUUUACAAACAGAUGAUUGAUGGGCAGCAAGUGCUAUCUGCUCAUGUUUUCUGUUAAGAUGGUAUGCCGCAUGUUCGCUGGUUGUUUCAUGUGUUACAUUCUUAGGUGGAAUCAGUUUGAAUAAAUUAGAAAAUGUCACAUAAAAUGACACAUGCCUUCGACUUUCCUCAGGUAUUGAAAAUUUGGUUCUCUCCAUCUUUCAUUUAAUCUCGACAGCAUUCACUGAAUGGGUUUCGAAAUUAGGGGGAGGGAAACACAUGUAUUACACCAUUUUGAGUGCCGUUUAUUAUGUGAAGAUAAAUGUUUAUAUAUGGAGACUAUACUACUCAAAAUUAAAAGAUCUUUUGAUACCA